AUGUCCCUUGACAAUGUAAUUGGAGUUUUGGAAGCCCAUGAGGUCAGCCUAAACGGAACAAAAGCAUUGGACCUUGUCUCAGCCUCCUUUGCCGCCACCAAGCGAUUUGCAUGUGUAAACUGCGGAAAACGCAGUCACUGCUCCUCUGACUGCAAAAAGACAAAAAACCACGGUAAAGCUAAAGCUGGUGCUGUCACCACAGUCAAGCUGGGCGGUUAUGACUCCGUUUCUUUUGACAAUGAAGAUGAAAUCAAUAAAUUAGUUUCUAUGCCUACCUUUUGGAUCAUCUACUACAUCUAG